AUGUCACCUUCAACAGCGUCUGCGAUAUCGAUGAUUACCGGUCCUGCUUCUGGAUCUGGGUCUGGAUCUGGGUCUGGGUCUGGUUCUGGACCUAUAACAACAAAUGGAGGAGGAUCAUUACGUUUCCCACCUUCUUUUGAUCCCAAUCAUCCUUCUUCCAGAUAUCAUUCACAACAAUAUACACCUUAUUCACCUUAUCGUCCAGGCGAAUAUGGUAGAUCAGAAAGAGGUUUAGCAAGUGAAAGAACUAAAAUUGAAAGAAAAUUGUUCGAUGAUAGUAUCUCAAGUUCAGCUUCAGGUUUUCUUGAUGAUGACUUGAAACAUAAUCACAAUGUCAAAGAAAAAGAUAAAGAUAGAUCAAAAGUUGAUAAUAAUAAUAUUAUCAAUAAUCUUAGUUUAAACAAAAAAGAUACGAGUUCACCUUUGGCUCCUGCUUUCGAAGCUAAAAUGGUCCUGAGAAAUGGUGCUAGUAUUGAUCUGAUCUCAUGGCUUCGAACAAACUUUCACCAUCUGCCACCACCGCAUACAGUUUUAACACCGUGUAUGCCAUUAAACGGUAUUCGUCAUCUACUACUUGAACGGUUUCCCAGAGCUCCUGAAGUCGAUGAAAUAUCAAAAGCUGUUCUAGCUGCAUUCCCCCAUUCACAAUGGGAUUAUCCAACGGGAACAUCAUCUGAACCUCCAACUAUCAGAGGUCUGGUUUGGCAUGGUAAAGACAUAACAGAUGAAGAUGAAGUUAUCGAAGAACCAAUAAGCAACGACAAUUCAAACAGACUCUCAAUCAGAACAAAUGGUAAUUCAGGUUCUGAUUUCCUAAAGAAAUUGUCGAAUACCAAUACAAACGCCAACGCAACAAACAAUAACAACAAUAAACAACAUUCAAGAUCACCUACACAAUCAACCUUGGUUUCACCCAUCUCAAGUUCUAAAAGACAAUUACCCGAUACGCCCGCACGAUCUGUCUUGGAAGAAUUUGCAGAGAUAGCUACUCUGGCAGAUAAAACGCCAAUCUCCAAGACAAAAUCACUACCUGGUGAUCCGUUAAUCGAUGAUUCUCCAGGUCAAAAUGGAUAUCAUCAUCUUGACGAAGCUGUCGAUGAACUGAAUCGUGGAUUAUUGUACGAUGAUCAAAAGAAGAGAAAAAGACAUUCAAGUCAAUCACCUGAACUAUCAAGAUUGUCACACAGACGAAGAGCCUCAACACCAGAUAAAUUACACGGUUUAUUAGCUGCUGCUGAAGCAGUUGAAGGAUCACCUAUAACAUCCGUUCUAAGUCAUAACGGACAUAAAAGACGUAGAACAAUAGGUGGUACAGGUCCAGCAAGGGAAUUAAUGGGUAUGGGCUUGGGAUCGGGCAUAUCAAAGAGGAAAAACAGAUUAUCAAGAGGUACUUUAUCACCACCUAAUCCCAUGAGAAGUGGAUUCAGCUUCUUACCUCAGUUGAAUGAAGAUAUAGACUUCUUAGUACCGUUAAAUGAUACUGCAUCUUCUUCUACAAGCUUACCUAUUGAUGAAGAAGAUGUAGAUGCUGCAUCAGCAUUCAUACCAACGUCAACAUCAUCAGUCAAUAAAAGAACACCAACUUCUUCUUCAGCUUCUCAAUCUUCGAUAAUAUCGCAAUCGUUGAAUACCGUCCCUGGUCCAUCAAACCAACCUUCAACUUCCACAGCAACAUCAACAAGUGGAACUGGAGGAGGUGGUGGUGGAAGAAAAGUAAACGAAUUACCAACAGAAGGUGACGCACCUGGAUACGAUUGUAAACCACCUUAUCCAUACCAUGAGAUGAUACGUCACGCAAUCGAAGCUGCGCCAGAUACGAAACUCCAAUUAUCUCAAAUAUAUUCUUCAAUAGCGGAUAGAUUCCCUUUCUUCAAAACUUUAGAUGAAAAGAAAACUGCUGGUUGGCAAAACAGUAUCAGACAUAAUCUAUCGUUAAAGAAAAUGUUCGUACGAGUAAACAAAAUCGAUGGUAUCCCAGACGAAUCAGGUGGUAAAGGUGGUUGGUGGACUGUACAACCUGGAGUACCGGAUGAAGGUAGACCGGGAAGGAAAGCAAAAGCCAAAAAAGCGAAAGCUGAAGCCAAUGUCAAUCCCGAUAAUUCUAUGCUUGGCGAUGGCGAUGGCCAUGGUGGCAAUGCGGAUCAGGAUCAAGAUCAAGAUCAACAGAAUCAAGAUCAAGAAGAUGCUAAUAUCAGUGUGGAGCUCGACCACAACGAACUCGAUCACGAUCACGAGAGUAAACAUCCACAUCAGUUCCAAAAUAUAUUGAAUGAUACCAAGAAGAUGAACAAUAUCGAAACGAUAGAUUUCGCUCUACCGCCAAUACAACGGUAUGAAGAAAGAAUACCGGAUGGUCGAUUACUAUCGUCAGCGAUAUGA